AUGGCCUUGGUAGACUACUCCGACUCGGAAUCCGAUUCAGAGGCCGUCGUCCAACCUCCCCCGAAGCCAGCGCCAGCGCCGGCGUCUGCGACAGCGAAGAAACCCAUCCAGAGAGUAGUCGACCGCUCCAACCCGCGCAGGAUCGUCGUGAGCCUGUCGGGCGCUGGUGGACAUGAUGAUCAGAAGCCUCGAGAGAAGGGCGACGAGCCGCCUGCGAAGCGCGCCAGGACCGGCGGCGGCGCAUUCGGUGGAUUUGCCUCCCUGCUCCCGCCACCCAAAAACCCGAGCAAGCCCGCAGCGGCCAGCAGCGCAGGCGGAGCCAGUGCAAGCGUCGGAAAGAGCGCGCCGCCUCGUGUGGGCGUGAAUCUUAAGACCGGCGCGGCUCCUGGUUUCAGCAGGAGCAAUGGGGACGACGGUUAUACAGAAGACGGGGAGUCUGCAUCCAAGCAGCCCUCCAUACCCGAGGGACAGAAGCCGGCCGAGGAAGUCAAGCUUGUUGGGAAGCCGUUGAUGUUCAGGCCGCUAUCCGUAUCAAGAAAGCCCAAGAAGGCCGCAAACACAGCAGGGAAAGCAACCAAGAAUGUGGCAACAACACCAAGCGCAUUUCCAACCGCGUCUACAAUACCCGAACAGCAACUUAAGAAUGAACCGCCGCCAGCCAAGAAGAAGAAGGUCUCUCUCUUCUCCAUAUCCGCUGAGACUGAUGCCGACGCCGCGUCGGACACUACGCCGAACUCGGGUGCCUAUGAGCCCAUGUUUAUGGAGGAUGCGCCAGGCGUCCCUGAGGAUUUCUCCGCAUACGACGCGCAGAACUCCAGUGCAUACAGUCAGCCCGCCGCCGGCGCCUCCAAGGCCGAGUCGCUAGACACGAUAGCAUCAGACAUGAACCUGUCCGCUGCGGCGCGGCGAGAGUUGUUCGGCCGUCGUGGUGCUCCCGCGCCCUCGCAGUCUGCCACCAAGGUCAUCAACUUCAACACGGACCAGGAAUACGCCCACAACGAGGAGCUCCGCGCCUCGGGCGAGCAGCAGAUCUACAACCCUGUGCGGGCCAUUGCGCCGGGUAAGCACAGUCUGCGGCAGCUGGUCACCCAAGUCCACAACCAGAAGGAUGCCCUCGAGGAGAGCUUCGCCAAGGGCAAGAGCAACCAGAACGCAGCUAGGUCAAGGUAUGGCUGGUGA